AUGAACAGCCGCCGCCGCCGCCUGUCCUCCCCCACAUCGCCGGCGACGCCGCCGCCGCUGGAGGACGAAAAUCUCCUCCUAGAGAUCCUCCUCCGCCUCUCCCCGCUACCGUCGUCACUCCCCCGCGCCUCUCUCGUCUGCAAGUGCUGGCGCCGCCUCGUCUCCGACCCCAGAUUCCUCCGCCGCUUCCGCGCCCACCACCGCAAACCCCCACUGCUUGGCUUUUUCAUCCCAUUCGUGGAUGGAAUCUCCUUCAAACCCAUGCUGCCCACGCCGAACCACAUCCCCGCCUGGCGCUUCUACCUGCAGCAGAACCGCGACGAGAUGUGGAGCUUCUUCGGCUGCCGCCAUGGCCUCGCCCUCCUCAUCAACCGGACGUGGCUCGAGGCCAUCGUAUGGGACCCCAUCACCGGCCACCAGCGCUGCGUGGCCUUUCCACCUAGCUUCGACGAAAACCAUGGGAAGUUGGUCAGAAACGCCGCGCUGCUCUGCGCAUCUGCUGAAAAUCAUGACCACGUGCACGGCGAUUGCGGCUCGCAUCCAUUUAAGUUAGUACUGGUGCGCGACGCCGGCAGGAUUGGUGAGGCCCCAGGUGCAUCGGUUUGCCUCUAUGAUUCAGAAUCCGCCGUGUGGGCAAAUGUGAUCUCAGUAGCCACUACACAUGGGAAUAUUAAUGAAACGAGUCCCAGCGUCCUGGUUGGUAAUGCACUUCAUUGGUUGCUUAUUGGGGGUGAAAUCCUUCAAUUUGAUUUUGAAAGGCAGAGCUUAGUGGUGAUCACCAGACCUGCAGCAGUAUUCCAUUGUGAGAAGUAUGGCCGCUUUCAGAUCUUGCGGACACGGGAAAACCGGCUUGGCCUUGCCGUGUUGACAGAGAUGGGCAUGGAAAUAUGGGAGAGGAAAGGCAAUGCUGACAGUGUUAAUAUCAGAUGGGUGUUGCAGCAAACCAUCAAACUUGACAAGCUCCCUCAACUGGUACCGCCGAUUAAUACAUCACUUCUCUAUAUAAUGGGGUUUGAUGAGGACAGCAAUGCCAUAUUUCUUUCUAUGGGCCUUGGCCGAACCUUGAUGAUCCAACUUGAGUCGAUGCAGUUCAGAAGAAUUUUAUUAAAUAGUUACUGCCAGUGUUAUCCCUACAGAAAUUUCUAUACCCCAGGCAGAGGAAUUGGUGGUGGAAGUGGAAUUGAAAUGUUGCAUAAUACAUGAGACGAUCAUCCUGAAAGGUCUGCUAUGUGCCGUGUUGGC